UGGCCGUUGCUGUGGAGAUGCGAAGAUGGCGGCGGCGGUGGAGGAGGAUGAGGAGAGCGAUUGGGACCUUUGGAUGUUGGAGUCUCUGAGACUGUACAAUGACCUUCAUGUGUUCGAACUUCAGCAACCAACACGAGUUAUAGAAUGGAUUCAGGAUAGAAGUAUCUGUGUCGCUGGAUACAAUGUGGGGAAGAGGAAUGAAAUCCUGGAGCUUUCGCUCCCUGAGAAACUCUGCGCUAAAGGAAACCAGGGACUUUGCCCAGAAAGAGACUUCACGGUGAAACAUGGUGGCUUCUCACAGAGGCCCAUUUAUGAACUGAAACAUGUGGUGGGGACCAGCCUGUUGGUGAGCAGUGGACCACCUGAUAACCUGCUACAGGUCUGGCGCUUGGCAGCAGAUGAAAGCGACACCAUCACCUUGGUGGACUCUAUCCAGUACCAGACACCAGGCAGCCAGUGGUCAAAAAUCUCUACCGUCUGCUCUCCGACCCCGCGGGUGCUCCAUGGUUCAAAGGUUAGCGACCUCUCAAUCCAGGAAAUUGCAUCACACAAAGUCCUUUUUACCACAGGGCUAGCUGACUGUGAGCCAAUCAGUGAGCUGGAGUUUCUUGAUCAUUCCAUCUUUUCUUUCUGCUCCCUGAACGGCCGUCUAUGGUUGGUUGAUAGCCGCCAGCGCUCAAGUCUGAUUGGACACUCUGAUGUGCCUGUGAGUGACGAGGGUGGCUGCCAUUGGACAAUGGGAUGGGCGCCUGGGCACCGGAAGGUGGCUAGACUCUGCUCAGAUGGCCGAGUGGUGCUGACUGAUCAUCGGGAUUUGAGUAGGGCCCUGAGCUUGACCAAAUUGGCAACACCCACCACUAUCCCCAACAGUGACUGCCUGAGCUUGGCAUGGGCACCCUGUCUACAGGACCACCUCGCAGUGUCAGGUUUUAAUGGGACAGUUCACAUUUACGACACCAGCUCAUGGUUGGGAGAAACAGGUGAAGUGGAGCCGACCUUUAUUCACCGAGGUCACAGUGUUGUCCCGGAGCCUGAUCGAGAAAAGCCCUUUGUCACCAGACAUGCCUGGCACCCCUGGAAACAACAGGUCCUGCUCUCAGCUGCAGACGAUGGCUCUUUCCAUGUCUGGAAUUGGACCAAUCAGAAGACCCUCUGAUAGUUGGAUUUAGCUUUGUCCCAUCAGACACUGCUUCCCAAGAGAAACCCCACACCAUUGUAUGUCUUCUCCAGCAAUCCCACACUGCAUCAGGAGUCGGUGACUGUGAUACCAGCUUAAGUUCAGCCAGGGGGUGAUAUUUACAUGGGACUGGUGAGUAAUAAAUAGUCCAGUCUCCUUGCGACACAUCACAACCCAAUAUAAAUAAGACUGUCACCAUGUGAUCGUCUGACCCCUCGAUAGUGCGGCCCUGUAUCUGUGUGACCGACUGACUGACCCCUCAAUAGUGUGGCUCUGUCACUGUGUGACUGACUGGCCCCUCGAUAGUGCGGCCCCGUCUAUGUGAUCGAUCGACCUGUUGUUCGAGGGGCAGGGACUUGUCAUACUGUUUUGAGAGACUGUAGGUCUUUAUUCGAGUUUCCUUUGUGGAUGUAGGUAUUUAUAAUUGGAAAGCUGCUGUCACUAUUAAAGCACGAGGAAUGAUUGCAUUGGGAGAGAUAUCAAGGAUUAGGUAUGAAGACAACAGCAGGCACCUUCAUAAAUGUUUUUAAUGAUUUAACAACUGAAACUGGUGUACACCAUUGCACGUGAAAAAGUAAUUCUCUUUAUUCUGUUUUUUUUAGUGUAUUUUAAAACAGGCUAUUUUUUGUUGGUUACUUGGCACAAAUUAUAAAUACUUAUUUAUAAUUAUUUAUUGAUUCAUUGAUUUUCAUCUGUUAAUUUUGCAUCAGAUUUUCAGCCUUGCGUAAAGCAGAUGUUGUCCUAAAAUACCAGGCGAAAGUGAGGACUGCAGAUGCUGGAGGUUAGAGUGUGUGUUGCUGGACAAGUACAGCAGGUCAGACAACAUCUGAGGAGCAGCAGAGUUGACAUUUCGCGCAAAAGCCCAUCAUCUGGAAUGAGGAUGUGAGCCGAGGGGGUGGGGAGGGGCUGGAGGGAAGGUAGCUCAGACUGCGAUAGGUAAGUGACUCGGCAGCAGCACCACUGAUCGAGCUGGUCGGGUCCUAAAGGACAUUGCUGCAAGACUGAGUCUGCGGCUGGUGGUGAGGGGACCACCAAAUGGGAAAAUCAUACUUUGACCUCAGCCUCACCACCCUCCCUCUUGCAGAUAUAUCUGUCCAUGAGAGGAGCGGUCGGAGGGACUACCACAUCGGGCCUGACGAUACUUUCCAUCAUGUUGGACAGUGCCCUCACUGUGCUAAAAGGGACAGAUUCUUAAAAAUCUAGCAGCUUAAAAUUGACAUUUGUGAGGUACUGAGGGCCAUCAGCAGCAGCAGAAUUGUACUCCUCUGCUUAACCCUUACCAUCAAGCGAGGUGACCAACCUGGUUUAAUGGAGAGUGCAGCUUGGCAUGCAGGAGCAGCGCCAGACAUAGAGGUCAUUCCACAGAAACACAACAGGCUUGUUCCUUUACAACCUCACUCUGUCGAAGAUCAUUAUAGAAACUCAAUUAUACCUGUUCAGUAGAAAGUUUGCAUUAUUAAUCAAUCAUGUUACAGCCAAAUUGCAUUGAUAAAGCCUGUGUUAUACCGGAAUGACUUGUACCUAAAACAAAGUUGGAGAAGCUACCAAAGAGCAUGCCAAACAGCGUAAGCAGCAGGUGAUAGAUGGGGCAAAGUGAUUCCACAACCAAUGAAUAGAUCUAUAACACUGCAGUCCUGCUGCAUCCAGUUAUGAACAGUGGUGGACAACGAAACAACUCACUGGAGGUGGCGGCUCCACAGAUAUCCCCAUCCUCAAUGAUGGGGGAGGCCAUCAUUGGACCUGGGAAUCGGGGUAAACUCUCCACUGGCUGGAGUCAUACUGGUACAAAGGAUGACGUUUGUGGCUGUUGGCAGCUCCAGGACAUCUCUGCAGGAGUUCCUCAGGGUAGUGUCCUUGGCCUAACCAUCUUCAGCUGCUUCAUUCAUGACCUUGCCUCCAUCAUAAGGUCGGAAGUGGCGAUAUAUGUUGAUGACUACAACAGCACCAUAGGGCUAUGUAAAGCAAAUGGACUGCAAUGUUCCAAGGAGACAGCUCACCAUCUUCUCGUGGAUAUAAUAAAUGCCAGUAACACCUACAUCCCAUGAAAACAAUUUAAAAUAGCUCUUUUGUCUAUCGAAAAUCUAGGUUUAUGCCUAAAACUAAGCUUAUAUAUGUGCUGUGUGCCAUACAAGACAGCCAGUGCUCACAUAAGUUGGAAUAACAUUA